AUGGGAGGUGGUGAUGCAGAGAAGGCUAGAGUUAUACAAACAAUGCUAUUUGUGUCUGGCUUAACAACAUUAUUACAUUCCUUCUUUGGAACUCGAUUGCCUGUGAUAGCUGCUGCUUCUUAUGCCUAUAUCAUACCUAUCACUUCCAUUAUUUCAUCAAGCCGCUUCACUCAUUACACUGAUCCUUUUGAAAGGUUUGUGAGAACAAUGAGAAGCAUACAAGGGGCUCUGAUUGUCGCCGGCUGUUUCCAAGUUCUUGUGUGUUUCUUAGGCGUAUGGAGAAAUAUCGCCAGAUUUAUAAGUCCACUCUCAGUUGCUCCUUUGGCAACAUUUGCCGGACUAGGACUCUACCAAAUUGGCUUCCCUUUGUUGGCGAGGUGCGUUGAAGUGGGUCUUCCCGGGUUGAUCUUACUUAUUUUUGUCACGCAGUACUUACCGCGAUUUCUGAAGAAGAAGCAAGGGGGGAUAUGGGACGGAUCAAGAUGUGAUCGUUAUGGGAUGAUGAUAUGCAUUCCAUUGGUUUGGUUGUUAGCUCUGCUACUCACAUCAAGUGGUGUAUAUAACCAUAAGCCUCAAACUACUCAAAUUAGUUGCCGUACAGAUCGAAAUGGUCUCAUCUCCAACACUCCUUGGAUAUACUUACCAUAUCCUUUCCAAUGGGGAAGUCCAACCUUCCACUUCACUGAUUCUUUCGCGAUGAUGGCUGCCUCUCUCGUCACUCUCUUUGAGUCAACGGGUUUGUUCUACGCAUCUGCAAGAUAUGGUAGUGCGACUCCGAUCCCACCAUCAGUUAUUAGCCGUGGUACUGGCUGGCUGGGAGUUGGAGUAUUACUGAAUGGCAUGCUUGGAGGCGUCUCAGGGAUUACAACAUCAACAGAAAAUGUUGGACUCUUGGCAAUGACUAAAAUUGGGAGUCGACGAGUGAUACAAAUAUCAGCUGCCUUCAUGCUAUUUUUCUCCAUUUUUGGAAAGUUUGGAGCCUUUUUCGCGUCCAUACCAUUACCAAUUAUGGCGUCCGUUUACUGCAUCGUCUUGUGUUUUGUGUCUUCUGCGGGGCUUAGCUUUCUACAGUUUUGCAACCUCAACAGCUUCAACACCAAAUUCAUCUUGGGAUUUUCCUUUUUCAUGGCUAUUUCAAUCCCUCAAUACUUUAGAGAAUACUACAAUGGAGGUUGGAGGUCUGAUCAUCACUCCAGUUGGUUUGAAGAUGUGAUAAGAGUGAUAUUUAUGUCUCACACAACGGUUGCCGGAAUGAUAGCAAUAGUGCUUGAUUGCACAUUGUCUCGUGAGAACGAUGAAGCCAAGAAAGAUUGCGGGCUGAAAUGGUGGGAAAAGUUUCGACUAUACAAUCUUGAUGUCCGAAACGAUGAGUUUUAUGGUCUACCUUGCUGCCUCAACAAAUUCUUCCCUUCUCACUGA